ACGAUAGACAUAAUAAUAAUUCAUAAAUCUAAAAUUCUAAAAUCAUAAUGAUUUUCAUAUUGGCUGUUUAAACGUUUGUAAUAUUGUGAUCGUUUUUUUUUAAAUUGAAAACUACUUCGAUAAUUCCUCUGCACCAUUGACUAUUGACUCAUUACUGGAUAGUUCUUUAUUGUCGCUGUUGAGUUGACUGUUGCAACAAUUAUGAGUGUUCUGUSUAGGCGUGUUUAAAUAAUAAUUGGAAAAAAUAAAUAAAUGGACUUGUGAACAGCUUAAUAAUUUGUCUCACGAAUUUGCCUUAACAUAAACAUUGUGUUUUGGUUCAUUGGAAGAUUGUAGUUCAAUGGAUUAUGAGUUCAAAAUUAAAACRGGCAAUGAAAGAGCUAAAGUGGAGGAGCUGUUUGACUAUGAAGGGUGUAAAGUUGGAAGAGGUACUUAUGGUCAUGUCUACAAGGCCAGAAGAAAAGAUGGGUACGUUACAUAUUAUGUAAAUCAUAUAAUUAAGUUUCAUAGAGCAGCAAAAGCAAAUAAAAAACCAGUAAUGGUUCCCAAAGGAAUGGUUAAAUCUUUACUGUUUCAAAUCCUUGAUGGAAUUCACUAUUUACAUUCAAAUUGGGUUUUACAUAGAGAUUUGAAACCAGCUAAUAUUUUAGUAAUGGGUGAGGGCCCUGAAAGAGGACGAGUUAAAAUAGCUGAUAUGGGAUUCGCUCGRCUUUUCAAUGCCCCAUUAAAACCACUUGCUGAUCUUGAUCCAGUUGUAGUUACUUUUUGGUAUCGUGCUCCUGAACUUCUAUUAGGUGCAAGACAUUACACUAAAGCUAUAGAUAUUUGGGCAAUUGGCUGUAUAUUUGCUGAGUUAUUAACAUCUGAGCCCAUUUUUCAUUGUCGCCAAGAAGAUAUCAAAACAAGUAAUCCAUACCACCAUGAUCAAUUAGAUAGAAUUUUUAAUGUGAUGGGCUUUCCUCAAGAGAAAGAUUGGGAAGACAUAAAGAAGAUGCCAGAACAUCAAACU